AUGGCAAUCCGAUUUAGCGGGAAAGCUCCGCCACCUCACCGCCUGCGGCAACAAGGCCAUCAUCCCCACGCUGGUCCUACUCAGCCUCAUCAUUUCUCUGCUCCUGUUCUGCCUUAUCUCUUUUCCAAUCUUUGCUCUAGACGUUCCCGAGGAUAUCGUCUUACUCUUUUUCCUCGACUGUCUGGACCCCACUCUUGCAACAACCCCUCCUCCCAAGCGUCUACCCUCAUUCGAUCACUCGAAGAUCCUUUGAGGCGUGACUUGUGGCGCUACAACCGUCUUGAGGACUCUCGGCCUGGACCACUCACCUUCUUCCGCAUCCCACCUCCCCUGCAACCGCGAUGUCUCCCGCGAUGCCGCCGGUACCUCACAAGGAUGACCUUGAUUCAACUUGGACAUUCCUAG